AUGUCGACAAACGCCAGGCUCGAUGGCAAUCCUCAAACAGGCGCGAUAGAGCAAGAUGACCCCAGAGGGUUUACGACCAAAACAGCCCCUCAUGGUACAGCGCCCCUCCAGUCGUCCGAGAAACCAUCGACCGAUGCCUCCUCGAAUGGACCUCUCAGCUCGGCUGAUGAUGCCAGGCGUCAGACUUCGAUAUCAGGCUAUGAGGGUGCACAGGAAGCGAGAAUUUCCCUUGAGCAUGGCCAUUACAGGCUGUCCUUCGAAUCUCAAACCGACAACUCUGUGCACAGAGCCCCUAUGAGCCGUAUGACCACUGACGCCGAUGGGAAUACUUACCCCGAAGGCGGGCUGGAGGCAUGGUUGGUAGUAUUUGGGUGCUGGGCGGGUCUAUUCGCUUCGCUUGGUCUAGUCAAUACUAUAGGAACCUUCCAGGCUUACCUCGAAAACCAUCAGCUGAAAGAUUAUAGCUCUGGAAGCAAUGGCUGGAUUUUUGGCAUGUACGCGUUCCUCACCUUUUUCUGUGGUGUACAGAUUGGCCCCAUCUUCGACGCCAAAGGCCCACGGUUCCUGGUAUUUGCAGGAUCAGUAUUGGUCGUCGUACAGAUGAUCACUCUGGGAUUCUGCACCCAAUACUGGCAUUUCAUGCUUGUGAUUGGUGUCACAGGCGGCCUGGGGGCGUCGCUGAUCUUUACACCAGCAAUAUCUGCCAUUGGCCAUUUCUUCAACGAGAAGCGUGGCGUCGCAACUGGCAUUGCUGCCACAGGCGGUUCUGUUGGAGGCAUUACGUUUCCUCUCAUUCUGGAGAAGUUGUUCCCAAUGAUCGGAUUUCCCUGGGCAACUCGUGUGGUCGGUUUAAUUUGUUUAAUUCUACUGAUUAUUGCCUGCCUCUUGGUCAAGUCUCGAUUGCCCAAGAAGCCGGCUUCCAAAGAAAAUGUGCUUCCUGACUUUCGCAUAUUUCGGGAGCCCAAGUUUGCUCUCACGACAGCCGGGAUCUUCUUUGUCGAAUGGGGCCUCUUCGUUCCACUCAGUUAUAUUUCCUCAUAUGCAUUGGCCCACGGUGUGUCCAGCCAGUUUUCAUAUCAGUUACUGGCAAUUCUAAAUGCAGGAUCAUUCUUCGGAAGAUGGAUCCCUGGGUUUGUCGCCGAUUACCUAGGGCGCUAUAACACUCUAAUUGCCACUGUUGCCCUAUGCCUUGUCUGCAAUGCAUGCCUUUGGCUCCCUGCUGGCAAUAGCGUGCCAGUUAUUGUUGUCUACUCCGUUAUCUUUGGUUUUGCGAGUGGUAGUAACAUCAGCCUCACCCCUGUAUGUAUCUCUCAACUCUGCAAAAUUGAGCACUACGGGCGAUACUAUGCCACUUCGUACACGAUUGUGAGCUUCGGGUAGGUCUAUACUGGCCACGUAGUAUGCUGAGCAGGAGCUAACGAUCCUAUGCUUUAGUACCCUUACUGGCAUACCGAUUGCAGGCGAAAUCCUGUCUCGAUGUAAUGGAGAAUAUUGGGGACUCAUUACUUUCACGACAUGUUGCUAUGCUCUCGGCCUUAUCUGUGUCACCGCCGUGAAGAUAAUUCACGUUGGCUGGCGUCAGCCCUGGGCACUUUACUAAAGUCAUAUUACCGUUGGGUUCGAGAGUUUCUACCCAACAAAAUAUAAUGGAUGUUAUCGAAAAGUGACGUUAUAUUUUAAAAUUUUGCGUCCAAAAGGGCACCCGAAUCAUGGAUCAAGUUUUACCAAGCAGUAAGCGACAAAGUAUUAAUGUCUAUAGUCAUCAAAAUUGAUCGUUGUAUGGAAAGGGGACGUUGGUUAUGAAAAUCCCGGCCAGCCAUAGGGGCUGGUUAUCAACAAAGGUUUACCCCGGAGAGCACCUCCGCCCAUAUCCAACG